AAAAGCCGUUGCGAUAUUAGUACGUUUUAUGUGUUUGUAGUAUACUUCUAGUUUCAGUUUAUAUAGUUAUAAAUAUAGAUUGUGAAAUUAAAAUUUAAACAUAGUUGUCAUAGAUACUUUUGCUGUCUUAUUUUGAAAAUCUCUUCUACUGAAAGUGGAAUGAAAACUAUCUUUUAUUUCUGGAACUAAAAUCAGUUUGAAGGAUGGAAUCCAGAAGAUUAAGAAUACCUCUAAUCAGUGACCAGCAUCGUGAAAAUGUUAUAAUCGGUAAAAAAGUAAAUAACAGUACACAAGCAAAAUUCCCUACAUGCAGACCUGCGCUUCGAGAUCUCAGCAAUAAAAUUGGAUCACAGAUAUCUAACAAUGGACCUUCAAAAAAUAUUGUGAAAAAGCCUCUUGUGAAAGCAAUCCCAAAUAUUGACUCUACUAAUGAUAAAAUAAAUAAACUUAAAAUUUCAACUAAUAAAGUUGAAACUAAUACAACAAAAAACAAGCCGGUAAAGCCUAUAGCACCCCCUAAGCCAUUAAAGAAGCAAGAAAGUUUAAUUACUAUACCACCUGCAUAUUCUUCAAAGCAGUUAGUUAUUUAUGAUCCUGAUGAAAAUACUAGAAAAGAUGUUUGUUCAGUGACCGAAUAUGUAGAGGACAUAUUUUCAUAUCUUCGUGAAAUGGAGGCAAUGUACAAAAUUGAAAAAGAUCAUUUAGAGGACCAUAAGACAACACCCUCAAUGAGAUCAACUUUAGUAAAUUGGCUGAUAGAACUUCAAAUAAAUUUUAAACUCAAUAUGGAAACUUCCCAUAUGUGUGUAUCUCUCUUAGACAGAUAUCUUCAGGUGAAAAAGGACAUUGGCAGAGAAACUCUUCAGCUUGUGGGAGUUGCUGCUUUAAUGAUUGCCUGCAAGUACGAAGAGGUUUACAUACCUGAAGUUAGUGAUUUUGUUUAUGUAUGUGACGAUUCAUUCUCAGCACGAGAAAUCUUAGCAAUGGAACGCAAUAUUUUAGCAACUUUGAAGUUUGGUUUGGGGAAACCAAGUUCUAUUCAUUUUCUGAGGAGGUAUAGCAAGAUUGCAAGAGCUGAUCUACCACAACAUUCUCUUGCAAAGUAUUUAUUAGAAUUGGCAUUAAUUGAUUAUGAAAUCAGCCAUGUUCCACCAUCUUAUCAAGCUGCUGCAGCAUGCUGUCUGGCUAUUGCUAUCUUAACUGAUGAAAUGGAUUUAUCAAAGAUCUGGUCCCCAACACUAGUGCAUUAUACAACAUACAAACUUUCUGAUUUUAGACAUAUAAUUCGUAGAUUUGCUAUAUUAUUAGAUAGAGAAGAAAAAUCCAAAUAUCAAGCUGCAUCAGUAAAGUAUGCUUCAGCUUCAAACUAUAAAAUAAGCACUAAUCCAAAACUGAAAUGCAAACUUGUGAAGAAACUACUUUUAGAAAAAAAUUGAGGUAUGUUAGUUUUAUAUAUAUAAGAUAUUAACGUAUAUUGAUAUUUAGAUUUUAUAUUUUAUGUGUGAGUGUACAUUUUAAUUUCUUUUUCAAGAUUUAAUAAAGAUCAUCCAGAAUA